AUGUCAAUUGACAAGACACCAUCGCCAGUAGAGCUGGAGGCUCACGAGAAGAGCGACGGCUCCAUCCAAACGCCACUAUGGACUGAAGCUGAAGAGACUGCCAUUAGGCAUAAGCUCGACUGGCAGAUCGUACCGAUGGUGACCGUUCUGUACCUGCUUUGCUUUCUAGACCGUGCUAAUAUCGGUAAUGCCCGAAUUCAAGGAAUGGCUGUGGAGCUUGAUCUCAACCGCGACAAUCGUUUCAACUGGGCCCUAUCGAUCUUCUACAUCGUCUACAUGUGCUUUGAAGUGCCAAGCAACAUCCUGUUGAAGAAAAUUGGACCUCGCUACUUCAUCCCUGGACUGGUAGUCGGGUUUGGUUUCGUCUCCAUGUGUACGGCUUUCGUCAAAACCUUUGAGCAGCUUUGCGGCAUGCGAGCCUUGCUUGGUGUUUUCGAAGGCGGUGCCAUGCCCGGUAUCGCAUUCUUCCUCAGCUCCUUCUACAAGCGAAAGGAGCUGUACUUUAGGGUUGGCAUUUAUGUUUCAGCAGCAUCAAUGGCUGGUGCUUUUGGAGGUCUUCUUGCUGCUGGGUUGUCACGAAUUCCAGCCUGGGGAACAGCUUCAACGCCCAUCCAUUCUUGGCGCAAUAUUUUCUUUUUUGAAGGGCUUCUCACCAUGAUCAUUGGAGCCCUGGCUCCCAUCAUCUUACCCCAGAGCCCCUCAACUUCGAAGCGACUAAAUGAUCGUGAAAAAUGGAUCGCCGAGGAACGUCUCCGACUCGAGCACAAGGGCGAUUCCAACGAGGUCGUCAAGCCAAGACAUGUGAAGCGCGCUAUGCUUAACAUUAACAACUACAUCUGCGCUGGUGGCUUCUUCCUGAUCAACGUCACUGUCCAGGGUUUGUCUGUUUUCAUGCCCACUCUGUUAGCAGAACUAGGUUGGACCUCGACCAAGGCCCAACUCUACAGUGUGCCGCCUUAUGUCCUCGCCUCGCUGGUGGCGAUCGCCAUUGCCUUCAUUAGUGACAAGACGAGGAUGCGCGGCAUCUACCUCGCCGGUUUCACACUUUUGGGUAUCACUGGCUUCUCGGUGCUACGGUGGAGCGACAACUCCAACUUGAAGUAUAUGGGCGUCUACUUUGUCGCUAUCGGUGCAUUUCCCGGAGGGCCGGGAUUCCUGUCAUGGGGCAUCAACAACUCAGCUGGUCCGGCUGUACGGGCGGUCUCGAGUGGAUGGAUCGUCACCCUAGGCACUGCUGGCGGUAUCCUGGCUGUUUGGGCAUAUCUCUCCACGGAUGGCCCGAAUUUCCCCAUCGGCCACUCCAUCAAUCUCACUGCUCAGUUCGUUGUCUUGAUUCUGGCGCUCUUCGGUAUCGCGUACUGCAAGUGGGAGAACCGGAUAAGAGCUAGGGGAGGCCGGGAUCAUAGGUUGGAAGGUUUGACUGAGCAAGAGAAGGCCGACUUGGGAUACAGGCACCCUGAUUUCAGAUACAUUGCAUAA